UCUGCAUGUGUUGCUGGAGCCGGAGCUGAAGCAUCCGGGCAGAACUGCGCUGAGAUGCGGCGCACAUAGACGUGACAUGCCGACUCACAACCAUAUCAUGGUUAUAAACACCAGCUGAGAUAAUUUCUGAGUUUGUUUUUGAGAUGGCGGCGCUGAAGUAGAGGUGAGCAGCUCCGUUGCUCGGUCCUCUCGCCGGGGUGUGCGCACUUUUUUCCACGCCAAUCCAUUUUUUUGUUAUUUUUCCAUCGAUUUUUGAGUAAGGAAUCAUGACUUCGGGGCAAGACGAGAGCUCAGUCCGUGUGGCACUGAGGAUCCGUCCUCAGCUGGCCCGGGAGAAGAUCGAGGGAUGUCACAUCUGUACGUACGUGAUGCCCGGGGAGCCGCAGGUGAUCCUGGGGAAAGACAAGUCCUUCACCUACGACUACAUGUUCGACAUGGACUCCAUGCAGGAGACCAUCUACUCCGACUGCACGGAGAAGCUGAUCGAGGGCUGCUUAGAGGGCUACAACGCCACCGUGUUCGCUUACGGACAGACGGGUUCAGGGAAGACGUACACCAUGGGGACGGGCUUCGACGUGAACAUCUCAGAGGAGGAGCUGGGCAUCAUCCCCCGCGCCGUGCACCACCUCUUCAGGGGCAUCGAGGAGCGCCGGGAGGCCGCGCAGGAGCAGGGCCGCCCCGUCCCCGAGUUCAAGAUCAACGCCCAGUUCCUCGAGCUUUAUAACGAGGAGGUUCUGGACCUGUUUGACUCGACUCGAGACUCCAGACAGAAAUCUCUCAUCAAGAUCCACGAGGACGCCAGCGGGGGAAUCUACACCGUGGGAGUGACGACACGCAGCGUGACCUCCGAGGCCGAGAUGAUGCAGUGUCUGAAGCUCGGGGCUCUGUCUCGCACCACAGCCAGCACCCAGAUGAACGUGCAGAGCUCUCGCUCUCAUGCCAUCUUCACCAUCCACCUGUGCCAAGUCCGCGUCUGUGCCUCCGACAAUCAUGAAGGUGAGACUGAUAACAGAGUCUCCAAUGGAAACUCAGAGAUGGACGAGUACGAGACGCUGACGGCUAAGUUUCACUUCGUGGAUCUGGCCGGCUCCGAGCGGCUGAAGAGAACCGGAGCGACAGGAGACCGAGCCAAAGAGGGGAUCUCCAUCAACUGUGGACUGCUCGCUCUGGGGAAUGUAAUCAGCGCUCUGGGCGACCGAAGCAAGCGCUCCUCCCACGUGCCUUACAGAGACUCCAAACUCACCCGCCUGCUGCAGGACUCGCUAGGAGGAAACAGCCAAACGGUGAUGAUCGCCUGCAUCAGCCCGUCGGACCGAGACUUCAUGGAGACGCUGAACACGCUGAAGUACGCCAACAGGGCGCGAAACAUCAAGAACAAAGUGAUGGUGAACCAGGACAAGGCCAGCCAGCAGAUCAGCGUCCUGAGGACGGAGAUCGCCCGGCUGCAGAUCGAGCUGAUGGAGUACAAGACGGGUAAACGUCUGACAGGCGAGGACGGCGUGGAGAGCUUCAGCGACAUGUUCCACGAGAACUCGAUGCUGCAGACGGAGAACAGCAACCUGAGGGUGAGGGUGAAGGCCAUGCAGGAGACCAUCGACGCCCAGAGAGCCAGACUCACCCAGCUGCUCAGCGACCAGGCCAACCAGGUGAUCGCCAGGGCAGGUGAAGGUGCAACUGAGGAAAUUGGAAACAUGAUUCAGGGUUACAUCAAAGAGAUUGAAGACCUCAGAGCCAAACUCCUGGAGAGCGAGUCGGUGAACGAGAACUUGAGGAAGAAUCUGUCCCGAGCCUCCAAUCGCCAGUCUCUGUACGGAGGGCCGGCGCUGCUGGCCCCGGAGAAGGAAACCUCUGACAUCAUCGAACUGGCCAAGAAAGACCUGGAGAAACUGAAGAAACGAGAGAAAAAGAAAAAGAAAAGGCUGCAGCAGCUGUUGGAGGACAGAGACAGGGAGGAAAGGGAGGAGGUGGUGGAAGAGGGGGAUGACGCCAGUGCCAACAAGGAGGAGGUUCCCGACAACGAGCAGGAGAAAGGCACCGAGAAGGAGAUGACGGAGCGGGGCAACGAGGAGGCAGAAAUUGAGGGCCAGGAAGGCAGCGACCACGAAGAAGGAGAAGAGGACGAGGAUGAAGAGGAAGAGGAGAUGGAGGUGGAGGAGAGCUCCGAUGAUUCUGACUCUGAAUCAGAUGAGAAAGAGAACUUCCAGGCGGAUCUGGCCAACAUCACCUGUGAGAUCGCCAUCAAGCAGAAGCUGAUCGACGAGCUGGAGAACAGCCAGCGGCGGCUGCACACGCUGAAGCAGCAGUACGAGCAGAAGCUGAUGAUGCUGCAGUGCAAGAUCAGAGACACCCAGCUGGAGAGGGACCGCGUCCUGCAGAACAUGAACACCGUGGAAUCGGGCACGGACGAGAAGUCUCGUAAGAUAAAGACCGAGUACGAGAAGAAGCUGAGCGUGAUGAACAAGGAGCUGCAGAAGCUGCAGUCGGCGCAGAAGGAGCACGCCCGCCUGCUGAAGAACCAGUCGCAGUACGAGAAGCAGCUGAAGAAGCUGCAGAUGGACGUGGCCGAGAUGAAGAAGACCAAGGUGCGUCUCAUGAAGCAGAUGAAGGAGCAGCAGGAGAAGAACAGGAUGAACGAGUCUCGCAGAAACCGAGAAAUCGCAACACUAAAGAAAGACCAGCGCAAGCAGGAGCACCAGCUGAAGUUACUGGAGGCUCAGAAGAGGCAGCAGGAGCUCAUCCUGAGGAGGAAGACUGAGGAGGUGACGGCUCUGAGGAGGCAGGCCCGGCCCACCUCGGGAAAAGUGGUGCGGAAGUUCAACAUGUCUGAUCCGGUGCAGGACUCCACCUACAGACCUCCAUCUGGACGGCUGUACUCCUCCGGCAACGCUGCUCCCAACGGCACCCGGUCUUCCUACAGGCGCUCGGGGAUUUUAUCCACCAGAAUCGCUCGCAACAAGUGGCAGUCUCUGGAGCGCAGGAUCACCGACGUCAUCAUGCAGAGGAUGACCAUCUCCAACAUGGAGGCCGACAUGAACCGCCUCCUCAAGCAACGAGAGGAGCUCACCAAGCGUAAGGAGAAGGUGAUCCGGAAGAGGGAGCGGCUGUCGAAGGAGGGGCCGGACGUGGAGAAGGCGGUGUUGCCGAUCAACGAGGAGGUGGAAGCGCUGACGGCCAACAUCGACUACAUCAACGACAGCAUCGCAGACUGUCAGGCCAACAUCAUGCAGAUGGAGGAAACCAAGGAGGAGGGCGACACAGUGGAUAUUUCCGCAGUGAUCGGCUCCUGCACAUUGAAUGAAGCUCGCUUUCUGUUGGAUCACUUCAUGACGAUGGCAAUCAGCAAGGGCCUGCAGGCGUCUCAGAGGGAGUCCCAGGUGAAGGUGAUGGAGGGCCGGCUGAAGCAGACGGAGAUCACCAGCGCCACGCAGAACCAGCUGCUCUUCCACAUGCUGAAGGAGAAGGCCGAGUUCAACCCGGAGCUGGACGCCCUGCUGGGGAACGCUCUGCAAGAGCUAGGUAACAUCCCGGCUGACAACGGGGACGAUAGCAGCAGUGAUGAGUCAGCACAGAGCCCGUCUGCUGAUGGAAGCAGCUUGACAUCAGACCUCAUGAAACUCUGUGGAGAGACUAAAACGAGGAGCAAGGCUCGCAGGAGGACCACCACCCAGAUGGAGCUGCUGUACGCUAACAGUGACUCCGCCCCCGACGCGGCCCCUUCAGACUUCUCCGCCCCGAUGCUGCCGUUAGCAGAAACUCCAGAUGGGGGGGGAGACAUGGAGACGUCAGGCUCAUCAGUCAGGGACUACAGCGCUCUCUCCCCCGGCUUUUCCUCUAAAAUGGGCAGCAUUAAUGGCUCCAGAGCUUCGUCAGCGGAGAGGCGAGCGCCGGAGCCGUCGCCGCUCUCUCGCAGGAAGACGUAUGACAAGGCUCACGCAGCGGCCGAAAGGGCAAAGGUCAAGGAGAUUAAACAGAUGAAUGGAUGCCUCCACCACUCGUGCAACCACAUCCAGCGUUCUGCUUCUCCGCCUCUCUCACAUCCACCCAAGGGUGUCAUUAACCCGGUUCCGGCCACUAAAAGCAGCCGCUCUGCGACGUUGCAGUGCGUCCACGUGGCGGAGGGACACAGUAAAGCCGUCCUCUGUGUCGACUGCACCGACGACCUUCUCUUCACCGGAUCCAAAGACCGGACCUGUAAGGUGUGGAAUCUGGUGACGGGUCAGGAGAUAAUGUCCCUGUCCGGCCACCAGAACAACGUGGUGUCGGUGCGCUACAGCUCCAGUCUGGUCUUCACCGUCUCCACCUCCUACAUCAAAGUGUGGGACAUCCGGGACUCGGCCAAGUGCAUCCGAACUCUAACGUCCUCCGGUCAGGUUAAUGUCGGCGAAGUUUCUGCGUCCAACACCAGCCGGACCGUCACCAUCCCAGCGGGAGAGAACCAGAUCAACCAGAUCGCUCUGAACCCCAACGGCACGGUGCUGUACGCCGCCGCCGGGAACUCCGUCAGAGUGUGGGACCUGCGGAGAUUCGCCUCCACGGGGAAACUUACUGGUCAUCUGGGUCCGGUGAUGUGCCUCACUGUGGAUCAAUCUUUAAACAACCAGGACCUGGUGAUCACCGGCUCCAAAGAUCAUUACAUCAAGCUGUUUGACGUGACUGAGGGCUCUCUGGGGAGCAUCGGCCCCACACACAACUUUGAACCUCCGCAUUACGACGGCAUCGAGUCUCUGGUGGUGCAGGGGGACAUUCUGUUCAGCGGCUCCAGAGACAACGGCAUCAAGAAGUGGGACCUGGACCGCAAAGACCUGCUGCAGCAAGUCCCGAACGCCCACCGUGACUGGGUGUGUGCGCUGGGAGUCGUCCCUGGGUCCCCGGCCCUGCUGAGCGGCUGCCGGGGUGGGGUGCUCAAGCUGUGGCACACGGACACUCUGGGGACCCUCGGGGAGCUGAAGGGUCACGAGAGCCCCAUCAACGGCAUCUCCACCAACAGCAGCCAUCUGUUCACCGCAUCCGAUGACCGGACCGUGAAGAUCUGGCGUGCCCGCGGUGGACUGGACAGCACUUUAGAGACGGUUGACAAUGCGGACGAAGUGGCCAGUAACUAAAGAGUUGGAAGGACACUAUAGGCAUCUUUUAAAGCUGCUGCCCUGCACUUUGACCCCCUAACUUCUCAAGCUCAACGCUGACUCCUAAACCAAUCCUUCAAUGCCAUGUUAGCAUUAUGACUGAACCAACAGGAAAGUAGUCUCAACAGAAACUAGGAAACUCGUGAUUUUCUUACUCUCUAAUCAGUUUAAAUCCAUAUAUUAUUAAUGACUAUCUGCAGGAUAAACAUAUUUUUUUCUCUUUUGCGCUGUAGACGAUACGUCACCGUGGAUCAUGAUUAGCUUGUACUAACAAGACUUUUAUUUAAGAGUUGAACUAAUGUCUAAUAAGUGCUGUUCCAGGAUAAAUUACACCUGCAGGCUCAAAAAUACCCAGGAAAAGAGUAGCAGUGUUAGAUUACAAUAAUUAGCCAGGACGUAGAUUAUUAAAGGGGAAAAGUGUGGCAGAGCUAUCGGGUUGUUAGCUGGUCUUCACAGCCUAGUUCUCCAGUUUCUCGGAUAGUACUGUAUGGAUUGUUUUUCUGCACUCGAUGCAGAACCAAUGCCCCCCCCCCCCCCCCCCCUUGCUCCUUUUCCCCUCCAAUUAACACAAGUGGCUUUACUGUAUGUGAAGAAGACAAAUCACCGCUCCCCUUAACUUUCCCCUUCCUGCUAUUGUUCCUCAAUUUCUGCAGCUGUUCAAGAUCAGCAACCAAAAUUGUGCAAACGUGUCGUCUUUGCUGUCCUGCACCGCACUAGUGAAUUGAACUCACUGUAAAGUAACUCUCACUUACUCAAAGCCAGAGUUUGACAUGAUGGGAAAUGUGAUCAUUUGUUUUCCUUCCAGUAGUUUGAUGAUACAGCUCUCAUAUAUGCCCUUUAAAUGUAAGACUACAGCCAGCAGCUAGUUAGCUUAGCCUAGCAUAAAGACUGUAAACGGCGGGAAAUGUAUAGCCUAGCUCUAGCAAGCAUCAACUAAAUCUGACUUCCAGCACAUUUAGAGCUCACUAAUUACACAUAAAUAUUGUAUUUGUUUAAUCUGAACAAAACAUAAAUAAGUGAAAUGUGCCGUUUUACAGGAAGCCACACUAAGUAACUUCUCUUCCCAACUUUACCUUGUUUUGUAUGGAUUAAGCAAACAACGUUUAGAGUAAAUACUUGAUUACGGAACUCUGGAGUUGCUUUUCAACAGGCUUAGUUACUUUCAGCCAUAGCCAAGCUUACCAUGUCCUUCAUUUCACUUCAUUGUAGGCUAACUUUAUGCUAGCUGUAGCUAAUAUUGAGCUUCUCAAUGGAAGAAAGCGAUUUAACGUAUUUCCCAAAAUGUCAAACUAAUUCUCAAACUAUCACUAAUCCGACACGAUUAGUCUUUACGAUGCACUUAAUCCUUUGUAGAUGUGAGCAGGUUCAGUGUUUGAGGAUAUUCUCCACUACAUGUUUCAUUGUGUGUUAAAAUGUGUUCACUCUUCACAUGUUGCAGUUAACUCUCACUGAAUCUACACUACUGAGUCCUGUCUAACCCCCAUGCUGCUAUGUUGUGUGCUCACCUUUUAUUCUCCUGACCCUAUAAGAGGGCUUCCUGUCAUGGACUCCGGGUGAGGUCCACUCACCACAGAGCAUUGUGUAUAUAUAAAUGUUAUGCUAUCUUUUUUCUUGAAAGUAGAGGCCUUCCCAGUUCGGAUCCUUCUUCCUGCAAACGCUCGUGGUCUCCCUCAUGUCUCUGUCGCGAUUGUGCGCUGUCACUUUUGAAUGUUCGGUGAAACAGCAGCUGUAGGCAUUACUCGAGUACAUAUCUUAUGUAUGUAAACAAUGUAUUUAAAAUAAUAAAUCUGACUGAAUGUUAGUUUUGUGGGACCACAGAGAGCCGACAGGACCAGAAUUGGCGGGAAGACUGAAGAGCUUUAAAGCUUUGGACGGGGUGUUUCCUCCGAUGAGGUGGCAGAUUGUGUUUAGUGGCCUACGGUUAGUUUUUUUUUCCUUUGUUUUAUUUGUUAUGCUGUCCCUGUUCCACAUAUCCUGGGCGUUCCCUCUCUGGAGUUUUAGCAGCCAUUCUCAAAUGGCGGACUCUGUAGCGAUUCUAAUGUCAGAUGCCUUGGUGAGAAUAAACGCCAUCUGUCAAAAACAACCAACUCUGGGUUUCUUUUGGUUCUGCCAGUCAUUUAAAUAAUUAUUAGUACUAUUAUUAAAUCUGCAGCUAGAUGACUUAAAUAUUUAUAGUAUUUUUUAAAAUCAUUUCUACAGUUCUGCUUUUGUGAAAGUAAGUUACAGUUUGUAUUUCCUUGCUUUUAGAUAUUCAGCUCAUUAGUUUCUCAUUCUGGCGACACUUUUCUCUAUCUAGGGUUUACCUAGCAGUGUUUUAAAAUGUAUUUAUUGGUUCAGAGAACACUUUAAGGACAUAUUAAGGAAUAUGGGACAACUCCAUCUUCUCUUCCCUCACCAAAGAGGUAAUUUUUUCAAUUUGGUUUCCUUACCUGUUGGUUUAUCAGGAGUACUACUGGAGGAAAGAUUAUUGGUCCCAGGAAUCACAAAUUGGAGCAGGUCAACACAAUGAUUUGGAUGCAUGUAACACAAUUUGUAUUACUAUUAUUAUCUUUAACCCCAGCUGUUAUUCCCAGAGUUGCUGUUUCUCUUCCACACCUGAAGGUGAAGGUUGUGUUUAAAGUAUAAAGCACAUAAACAUUUAAACUAAGAAACAAGUUUUUCCUUCAAAUGUUUGAAGUGUUUACCACAAGAUGGCAGCAGCAGCACCUCCAGGACUGGCCUGUCCUCAGAGCUGUCUAUGUCCAAAUAUAAUUUUACUGACACUUUAGGUAUUUAGCUAAUAAGCAAAGCAGUCAGAUAACUCAGAUUCCUUCACUGACAAUCCCCAGUCACACAGAUGAGACUAGUUUAGUAAAGUCUAGUCUAAAAUAAUCAAUAAUAGAUCUCUACCAAAUGAUACAAAAAUCGGACAACUCUAAGAGAAAGAUGUGAUGUUGCCACAAUCCAGGGACAGCAAUCAUACAGAAACUUUGCUCGGAUGCUUAAUUUACGACUCAGGAGGGCUAUCAGGGUCUGCCGGCAUAAACCUGUGUGAUAGGAAGCACCAAUCACCGGCCACCUGAUGUGAGUGUGAGUGUUUGUGCAAGACACCGAGGUUAUGUUGGGUUCAAUUUGACCCGUUUACUCAGCAGUACUUUCCACUUUGUGCCACAAAAUCUACAGACAAAAAUAAAGUCUUGAAAUCACUCUCAA